AUGAGUGCAGAGAAAAGCGGAGGCAGUAUCGGCUCGUAAUCUGCAAAAGUUCCGUGGCUGAGGAUGAUACGUAGAGAUCAGUGUCCGAACCAUCUUAUAUUAGCGCUUGUAAGCACGGAGACGGAGAGCUGAACAACGUACCACAAAGAAAGAAUAAUCUCUCUUCCGACUGCAAAACCUAAAAACUCCCCGCUUUCGUCGUCUAUCGUUAACUGAUACUCGCACAAUCAUGGACUUCGGUCCUCGUUACUAUGAUAACGUUGCAGUCAAUGACAAUGAUAUCCAUAAUGUAGUUCUGUCAUAUCUCGUGCAUAAUUGCUACAAAGAAACUGUGGAAUCAUUCAUUACUUGUACUGGAAAGAAGCAGACAGCUGACCAUCUCGAUGACAUAGAGAAAAGAAAGAGAAUUUUUCAUUUUGCAUCAGAGGGAAAUGCGCUACAGGCCCUUGAACUGACGGAAGAGCUGGCACCUGACUUACUGGAGAAAAAUCAGGAUUUGCAUUUUGAUCUUCUAAGUCUUCGAUUUGUUGAGCUUGUCUACUCUAGAAAGUGCACAGAAGCGCUUGAGUUUGCUCAGACCAAGUUGACCCCUUUUGGGAAUGUUCAAAAAUAUGUGGAAAAGCUUGAAGAUUUCAUGGCUUUGCUUGCUUAUGAGGAUCCAGAAAAGUCCCCAAUGUUUCAUCUGCUUAGCUUGGAGUACCGGCAGCGCGUUGCAGAUAAUUUGAACAGUGCAAUUCUUGCGUACGCAAACAAGCCAAGUUAUAUAGCUAUGGAGAGACUGAUACAGCAGACCACGGUAGUUAGACAAUACUUGAGUCAAGAGCAUGGAAAGGAUGGGCAUCCCCAAUUUUCUCUAAAGGAUUUUCUUAAAAGCUAAGAUGAGCAAAUAUGAGAAGCAGUACUUACCAGUAAUGGUCGUUACUGGGUUGUUUCAGUCUAAGACGGUAAUCAUACGUGCACAAUUGAAGAUGUUUCUCUAAAGGGCUCUCUCAUAGAUCUGGGUUCCCUCCAUUUGGCAAGGUAAGCCUUAUUCAUCAUUGGCCCCAAAAGCUAGUGCAAUCGGGUUCAAUGCCCUUCAGAUUGGUUCAGUAUUGACUGGUGGUUCAGUCGGUACAAUGUGUGGGUUUGUUAUUUUUCAUUGGUUAUAUAAAUCAUAGUAGUUUGUAAUUUAUUAAUUUUGUGAAAUCUAGGAGAGGAGUUUUGCUGUCUUGUGGUAAAGCAAAACUGACAAAUGGAUAUGUUUGGGUUUUAUGUUUUUGAAAUUCCCUUUUUGUCCCCUCUAGAUAAGGCCCCUGGUUAUACUCCAAAGUCCAAAUUGUAGUUGGAGUUUUCUUAAAUGUGAUCCGAAAAUGUCCAGGUUCGGAAAAGAAUAUUGAUUUGAAACCACUAGGAAUGUUCGAAUCGGACAAA